CGCCUUCAAUUGCUUACAGUUACACGCAUAUACAGCUCAAAGUUGUUUACGUCUACAAGUUGGAUACAAGAAGACGCUGAAAGGCGUUUGAAAGACUUGGAAUUCCAAGCACAACUAGUUAUUCUGAAGUCUGGGAUACUGGACACACAAAAGUACUCAUUUGUGCUUUGUUCUUGGAAGUUCAAGCACAGCCUAUAUGCGCGGUUCCCCGUCCCCCUUUCACUGCUGACUUGCUGUAAAGCGGCGUUACCAUUCAUUGACAGUAGACGCUCAUCCAGCAAUAAAUAGCUGUGGCAUUGGAACACGUUCCUACAUCCUCACUUUCAGCGCGUUGACAUCGUGCGCUUGUUCUCUCUGUCUUUUACAUCCAUGACCCACACAUUCUUCACUCUGCAACAGGACGUUUAUAAUGCCGAUCAUGAACCCAUAAUCGUUGAAGACGUUGACGAGAACAAUGUUUCUUCUCCAGCCUUGCAGCGUCUUAUCGACUCAGCUCAAAGCGCCGCCGUUGGGGUGGCAGCCACGUAUCGCCCCGACUGUACUCUCUCGUCUUUGGCAUUUGCCACGCUCACCAGAGCGCUCGUCGUCCACUUCUUUGCUACAAAGAAACAGAAUCUGCAGUACCAGCAGAAGAAGAAGAAGAAGAAGGGCCAGGAACAACACCCUCCGGUUUCCCGAGGACGCACCCUCAUACAAGACCAACUGCUGUGUGACCCUGACGUCCAAUUCUAUGGGUACAGGAUGGACAGGAUUGCACUUGGUCUCUACCUGGACCUCUCACUUCGGAUCAAUGCCGCAGUUGACAUUUUGUCGAUAUCUGGCAAAAAAGCCCGGCGCUCCCUCGAGGCAACUAUGAACGCCUUGGGCGGCGAGCUCUUACUCCAGAAGCAGAACGUGAAAAUUCUCUUUGCUCAUAGAGAAGGGAAUGCAACAACAAAUGAUGUGGCGCUCCAGGCUUGGGCAGCAUGUCGCACUGCUGCAUUUCCUCAUAUGGCGCCUAGAUUUGAUAUCCUACCUCGACUCGCCACAGACACGAUACCCGAUGCUCACCUGAGUGACCUGGCAAAGAUUUCUCGUGACGCUGAAGUUUUGGAGUCUUUGAAACCAACGAAAGUCGUCAACAACGUCACAGAUGGCUUAAGCAUCACCAAAGCCGGUAAUCUCCACCUCGAGUGCACUCGCUUCAGAACGCGUAUCAUGAAAAACAGAGAUCAAGUCAUCCACAUCGAAACGCAGAAUGCAGGUCGGGUGUCAACGAUCACUGGUCGCGCACAGCAAAUAGAUGGAAGACAGGCUUUUAUCAACGUCAAUGGCGUACAGGCUUCGGGAAAGGUCCUCCGUGUGACCACUAUUGGGAAAGAAGAUUUGACAGCCGCUGAAUCAGCCAGAGAAUCUGUAGUGCUAAAGGCGCUUCAAAGCACCAUCGCGUUGACCCAUUGUCCGUUCUUCUGUAGUAUCUGGGCACCGUCAUCAAAGAUCUCAUGGCCGCCUGUAACCGAGGGUGCUUCCAGCACUUCAUUCGUUUAUGAUCCGAGCGGUACAUUGAACCAUUCGCAAUAUGAAGCAGUGGAGCGAAUUCUUUCGCAAGCAGACAGUGAUCGUGUAUUGCUUAUUCAGGGUCCUCCUGGCACUGGAAAAACAACAGUCAUAGCAGCCAGUGUCGACAGUAUCGUCAGGACUGGGCACAAGGAUCGCACAGUUUGGCUCGUGGCACAGUCGAACGUCGCUGUCAAGAAUAUCGCAGAAAAGCUUGACAAGGCUGGCUUCCGCGAAUUCAAGCUUCUAGUAUCCAAAGACUUCCAUUAUGACUGGUUUGUUGCACUUUCUUCACAUCUCUGUUAUACUGAAUUUUCGUGUUGCAGGCACGAACACCUGUACGAGAGACUGGAACAUUGUUUUAUACGAUCCGACCAGUUAAUAAAUAUUGGGGCUGUUGCCGUUGAGCGGCUUUUGAUCGACGCACCCACAAAAACAAAAACAAGAGUCAUACUUUGCACAACGAGUAUGCUGUCCAAUCCUCAUAUCAGUGAAAUUGCACUUCAAGUCCCGGUUGAGACCGUGAUAUUCGACGAGGCGAGUCAAAUCGAAGUGGGAGACUAUCUGCCGCUGCUUCAGCGUUUCCAGCCCACCCUCCGAAAGAUGGUGUUCAUCGGUGAUGACAGACAACUGGCGCCAUUUGGUCAAGAUGACGUCGGGAAUCUACGAAGUGUUUUUGAGUUCCCGCACCUUCGAAGGCGGGCACACUUUCUAGAUACCCAGUACCGUAUGCCACUCGUUAUUGGCCGCUUCAUUUCCCGUCAUGUAUACGAUCACAAGUUGAUGACCGUGCACGACAACAACAACAAGGCAGCAUGUCGUUUCUUGGAUGUCAAAAGGGGCCAGGAGCAGAAAGCGGGAAAGAGUUGGGAACCACAAGAGAUAUCCGUGGUUAUCCACCUCGCCCGUAUAUAUCACGGGCAGGGGAAGCAGUUCAGGAUUAUCACCCCGUAUGAUGGUCAGAGGUCUACGAUAGAAAAGCAGCUUGAAUUAGCGAAGCUUCCAUGGGAAGACAAGUGCUUCAACGUGGACUCCUUCCAAG